AUCCAUCACAUAUCUCAGCUGACAAAGCCCAUAUAACUGUUGAAGAAGAGCCUCCAAACCUACCUUUGAUUCCUUCACCCCCAUAGACAACAACUAUUCACCCUUUUUCGACCCUCUUACACCCUUCGCCUUCCUUCUUCUUUCCAUCAUUUCUCCGAACACUGAGUGAAAAAUCCCAUCCUCUUCUUUGUAAUUACCCUCGAUUUGGAUUUGGGAAAUCCCCCAGUCAAACUCUCUUUUUUCUAUUUCCUAUAUCAUUUCAUGAUUUUGUGUGAUUUUUAACCAAAACCCAUCAAAUCAAUAUUGGAAUUUUCUUGGCUUAAUUUCUUGUGAGGUUUUUUUUUGGUUGAUCAGGUGAUUCAAGGGAUCAACUUUCUCGAUUGGGGGGUACUUUUUGUUGAUUUCAAAGAGAUGAAUUUCAGGAGCCUGGAGGACUUUUGGGCCUUUUAUGUGAAUCAGCACUCGAAACCAUCGACAAGACGCUGGCACUUUGCUGGCACACUCAUGAGUAUUGUGUUGUUUAUAUAUUCUAUGUUGUUUAACUGGUGGUUCUUGGUGUUUGUGCCAAUAUGUGGUUAUGGAUUUGCCUGGUACAGUCAUUUCUUUGUGGAAGGGAAUGUUCCUGCCACUUUUGGGCAUCCCUUUUGGUCCCUUUUAUGUGACUUCAGGAUGUUUGGGUUGAUGCUUACUGGGAAAAUGGAUAGAGAGAUCAAGAGGCUUGGAAAGAGACCUAUCUUACAGGGCUUCUGAGGGUUCUUAUGUAAAAACCUCCCCCCCCCCCCCUUCUUUCUGUUUAAUUCAUGAUACAAUUACUUGUAUUUCAUCUGUUUUCUAGGAUGCUGUCAGCUCUAGUUGAACUCUUGUUUUACAUCUUGCCUCUGACAAUGUUUAAUCACGUUUCUGUUAAACUUAUGAUGAAUAAUUGAGUAGAAUUGAUUGAUGAACACCGAUAA